AUGAUCGUGUUCUGUGAUGGGUGCAACCGUGCUUGGCACCAGCUUUGCCACGAUCCGCAUAUUGCCAACGAGGUUAUCUGGCUGAAGGAAAAGGAAUGGUUUUGCAAGGAGUGCAAGCCCGCCCCCCAGCCCAAUCCUUUACCGGCUGUUGUCAAUACCGUACCUCAGCAGCUAGUGAAACUUCGGAUUCCUUCAAAUGGAUCCCUUCAGGCGACUCCUCGAGUGGAUGUUGAUGCAACAAACUUCACCAUGGCGGAAAGACGUGGCUACCUCUCCAGCCUUUCGCACGCAUCACUUGUCGAGCUUCUAGUUAACAUAUCAGAGGAACAUCCUUCCCUCACAAUCUUCCCGUCCAAUCUGAAAGAGCUUCAGCUUUCCAAGUUCGUCUUCCAACAAAGCAUAACGAAACCAACGGCUAUCACGACACUAGCUGCAUCCACACCAACAAAUACCAGUGUAUCUGCAUCAUCCACGAAUAAUGUCCCUUCGAACAACACGGGAAGUAACCAACCCAGCUCAGAACAAUUACCAGAGAUUUUCUCCGCUUCUCAACCAAAACGGAAGAGACAGCGAUACGACUCGGAUGAGGACUCUGAAUAUGAAGAAUAUCAGGAUCAUCGCCUGUAUCCUCGCGCAGGCAAUGGCUUCCGUCUCUCGCUCAACGUCGGUGAUCUGGACAUGCUCGCCGAAGAUCCUGUUUGCCCUACAUUUAGCCAUUCGUUGCACGGUCCCGCUCAGGCUCGGGCAGUAGCGCGACAGGUAGCCCCCGUGUGGACUGCGGGAUGA